CGCCAAUUAAAUAUCACGAACAGGAUUUCCCAUAGAUCGAUCGAAUUCUCCCUUUCGAAUAAAACCUCCAUCGCCGCUACAAUGUUCCGUCAAACCCUGACCAAAGUCCCGUCCCGUGGCCUCCGCCUCGCUCCCUCUUCCGUCCGGCCCUUCUCGACGACUCUCCGCGUUAUGGCUGAGGGAGAUACCGGUUCGCCGAGCAGGUUAGGUAGUCUAGGUGGUUCAGGUGACGCUUUCCAAAAGCGCGAAAAGGCCAGCGAAGACUACGCCAUCCGCCAGCGCGAGAAGCAAAAGCUACUCGAGCUGCGCCAGAAGCUCCGCGAGCAGCAGGAGCACCUCCAGAAGCUCUCCGACCACAUUGACGAGUUGACCAAGGAGCAAGGCGGCGAACACAACUAAAUAUGUACCAGAAACUUGUAAGAGAAGGGUCCGAAACUCCGUGUUCAUUAAGGUGCCCAGCAUCGGCGCGCGAGUUUUUGCCCGGUCACUAAAAAAGCCAGAUUCGUCCUUCGGCCAUCGCAUUUUUUUGCCAUGCCUUAAUGUACAUAAAUAAAGCCAUUGCCAUACGGGCGAUGAGCUUUCGUUG